AUGAUUAAUACCACUUUAACCGAAAUUGCAAAAUUUGGCCAUUUUGUAUCUGCCUCUUGCAAUGAUACAUCUGAACUGAUCGUUUUACAAAAUGAUAAUGCUUCAGCAGCAUCUGAUAUAUAUAACGACACUUCAGUACAAAUGUACGGACUUACAUCAAAUUCUGAUGCACUUCAGAAAGAUACGAAAUCUCGAAUAAAGGAAUCGAGAAAAGAAGCUUCAGGUCCAAGCUCAUCUUUGGAUAGCUCGUCAGAAUCCUAUGAUGAAUCGAAUGUCAAACAAAUUUCGGAAUUGCAAUCUAUUCCUAAUACUCUUAAUUUAUCUGAACAAUUCUCAGAACAAAAUACGAACAUACAGAAAACAAAAAUCCCCGAAAUAGACAUACAACCUUUGAUAGAAGAAUUAAAAAUAGAACCUUUAGCGAAGACAAUUCAUUCGUCCUGCAAUUCGGAAGAUGAAUUUUUACCGGUAGGUAUAUCUACAAAUACUUCGUAUCUCGCUAUGCAGAAAAACAUCUCUGAUUAUUCAGGUUUCAACUCAGAUCCCUCUGAAGAUACUGAGAGGAAGAAAAUUAUGAUAUGGGUGCAAUGUUUUUCUGAUGAUGAUGAUUUAAGUAGCGGGAAGAAAACGUAUAAAAAUUCAGAUUAUUUAAUUACUGCAUAUUAA